AUGGAGCUGGCAAUGCUGAGGCGUCGGGAUGGAGCCGGCUCCAGGCAGGAGGACGGCUUCGGGGUGCAGCCCAGGAGGGUGGCCGACCUGGGCAUGGUCCCCAACCUCCGGCAAAGCAGCAGCAGCCUCUGCAGGAGCAGGAGGUCGCAGUACCCCUUCGGCACCUGUGAAAAGCAAGGAAACCUUAGUUCAUGGAUUCCUGAGAACAUCAAGAAGAAAGAAUGCGUGUACUUUGUGGAAAGCUCCAAACUGUCCGAUGCUGGGAAGGUGGUGUGUGAGUGCGGCUACACGCGUGAACAGCACUUGGAGGAGGCCACCAGGCCCCAUGCCUUCCAGGGCAAGGAGUGGGACCCGAAAAAGCACGUCCAGGAGAUGCCAACAGAUGCCUUUGGUGACAUCGUCUUCACGGGCUUGGGCCAGAAGGUGGGAAAGUACGUCCGCCUCUCCCAGGACACACCCUCCAGCCUGAUUUACCACCUCAUGACCCAGCACUGGGGCCUGGACGUCCCUAACCUUCUCAUCUCCGUGACGGGCGGGGCCAAGGACUUCAACAUGAAGCCCAGGCUGAAGAGCGUCUUCCGAAGAGGCCUGGUCAAGGUGGCGCAGACCACAGGGGCCUGGAUUAUCACCGGGGGGUCCCACACGGGCGUGAUGAAGCAGGUGGGAGAGGCGGCGCGGGACUUCAGCCUGAGCAGCAGCUACAACGACGGGGAAGUGGUCACCAUCGGAGUCGCCACGUGGGGCACCCUGCAUAAGCGGGAGAGCCUGAUCCACCCCGCGGGCGGCUUCCCAGCUGAGUACGUCAUGGAUGAGGACGGCCAAGGGCACUUGACCUGUCUGGACAGCAACCACUCCCACUUCAUCCUUGUGGACGACGGGACCCAUGGCCGCUACGGCGUCGAGAUUCCCCUGAGGACGAAGCUAGAGAAGUUCAUAUCGGAGCAGACCAAGGAAAGGGGAGGCGUGGCCAUCAAAAUCCCCAUCGUCUGCGUGGUGCUGGAGGGGGGCCCCGGCACUCUGCACACCAUCUACAAUGCCAUCACCAACGGCACCCCAUGCGUGAUCGUGGAGGGUUCAGGACGAGUGGCUGACGUCAUUGCCCAGGUGGCCAGCCUGCCCAUCUCCGAGAUCACCAUCUCCCUGAUUCAGCAGAAGCUGGGCCUGUUCUUCCAGGAGAUGUUCGAGACCUUCACCGAAAGCAGGAUUGUGGAGUGGACCAAAAAGAUCCAAGACAUCGUCCGGAGGCGGCAGCUGCUCACUGUGUUCCGGGAAGGCAAGGAUGGCCAGCAGGACGUGGACGUGGCCAUCCUGCAGGCCUUGUUGAAGGCCUCCCGGAGCCACGACCGCUUUGGCCACGAGAACUGGGACCACCAGCUGAAGUUAGCAGUGGCGUGGAACCGCGUGGACAUCGCCCGGAGCGAGAUCUUCACGGACGAGCGUCAGUGGAAGCCCUCAGAGCUGUACCCCACGAUGACGGCCGCCCUCAUCGCCAACAAGCCCGAGUUCGUGAAGCUCUUCCUGGAGAACGGGGUGCGGCUGAAGGAGUUCGUCACGUGGGACACCCUGCUCUACCUGUACGAGAACCUGGAGCCCGCCUGCCUCUUCCACUACAAGCUGCACAAGGUGCUGGCCGAGGAGCCCGAGCGUCCGGCCCCCCGCCUGCAGAUGCACCACGUGGCCCAGGUGCUGCGGGAGCUCCUGGGGGACUCCACGCAGCCGCUGUACCCCCGGCCCCGCUCCAGCGACCGCCCGCGCCUCCUGCUCCCCGUGCCCAACAUCAAGCUCAACGUGCAGGGAGUGAGUCUCCGGUCCCUGUACAAGCGUUCAUCAGGCCACGUUGCCUUCACCGUGGACCCUGUCCGUGAUCUUCUCAUUUGGGCCAUCAUCCAGAACCGCCGGGAGCUGGCAGAAAUCAUCUGGGCUCAGAGCCAGGACUGCAUCGCUGCGGCCCUGGCCUGCAGCAAGAUCCUAAAGGAGCUGUCCAAGGAGGAGGAGGACACGGACAGCUUGGAGGAGAUGCUGAUGCUUGCUGACGAGUAUGAACAGAGAGCCAUCGGGGUCUUCACCGAGUGCUACCGGAAAGAUGAGGAGAGAGCUCAGAAGCUGCUGGUCCGCGUGUCGGAGGCCUGGGGCAAGACCACCUGCCUGCAGUUGGCUCUGGAGGCCAAGGACAUGAAGUUCGUGUCUCACGGGGGCAUCCAG